AUGAACAAUCAUCCAGUUAUAAGCAUAUUAUUCAACAAAUAUAAAAAUUUAUACGACAGUUUAAUAUCUAAUACACACAUAAUAUUAUUACCUGAAGCAAAAACCUUAUUAAAUACAAAUAUAGAUAUUGAAUUUAUAAAAAAACAUAUAUUUCGUAAAAGCCAUUUAAAAAAUAUAUAUAUAAAUUUGCAUGAUCAGUGCAUUGAAAUUGACUCAAAAUAUAUAAGUACUAGUUAUGGUUUUGAGGAAAAUAGAAAAUGUGAAAUUAUAAAAGAAGAAAUUAAUUCUAACGAUAAAUUUUCAAGAGUUAUAUUUAUAAACCUACCAUUAGAAGAACAUGAAAAAAAUUUAUCUGUAAACUAUACCACCAUCAAUGAAAAUGAUAAAAAUAUUUUAGAUUAUAAAAAUGAUCUAACUCUUUUUUUCAAUAAAAAUAGCAAAUGCAAAGAAUUCAUAGAUUCUGAAAUAUUACAAUUUGCAUAUUCUUAUAUUAUUGUAACAGGAUAUGAAAAUUUUAUUGGAAGAAAAAUUUUAAAUAUAGUAAAUGAUACGUUAAAAUUGCAAAACAGUGAUAAUGAAAAAAAUUUCAGCAAUGAUAUAAAAAUUCCUUUAAUUAAAUAUAUAUAUUCUUAUUUACAUAGAGUUAUAUGGAAACAUUUAAUUAAAAAUUAUGAGAAAAUAGAAUGUAAAAUUCAAAAAAAAAUGAAUACCCUUAGGAAUAAUAUAAUUACCUUUUUAAAAAAAUCAAAUCUUGAAAAUUUUAGCUUAUUUCAUAUAGAAACUAUAUCUUUUCAUUUGAAGCAGAUUGAAAAAUUCUCCAAUCCCAUUGAUAAAAUUUAUAUUUUAGAUAACAUAAGUGAUAUAAUAUGUGAAAUAAUUUUUAAGACAAAUAUAAAUUUAAAAGAAAAAAAUUCGGAAAUUUACGAUGUUAAUAGUGAUAGUUUAAUUGCUAUCCUUGCUGCUGCGAUUGCUUAUAGUCAAAUAAAGUAUAUAAUUAGCCAUUCUAUUCACUUACAUAUGUAUAUAGAUAACUUAAGCACUUCAGAAAAAAUUGAUAAAUUAUCUUUCAUUUUUACUAUAUUUCAUUCAUCAAUAAUUUAUCUUUGCGAUAUGAAUGAUUUAUAA